UGGGCUUUUAGGUGGUGUGGUAUGGGUGUGGGGAUUGUGUGGGCUGUAUUCUAGUAUGGCUGGGGAGGGAAAGGUCACUUGAUAGGGAGAGGUUCCUGAAGCUCUUGUGUAUGAAUAUUGCUCGUUCCUAUGCCUGUUUGUACGGGAGCACGAGUGUAUCUUGGUUCAAUAUGUGGUGAGUGGCUUUUUAUAUGAGAGGAAUUGUACAGCACCCAAAAAGUUUCUCGAAUGAUAUACUCUCUUAUGUCUAUUCGCAACGCAAAGCUCUUGUUUCGGAGAGAACAUAUGCUUUGGGAGAGGCUCAGGAGUAUUGAAUGUUGAUGUGUUUCACCAAUAGUAUUUCUUAACCAUGGUAGUAAUAAUUUAUCACAGAUUCGAGGGAGUCUUAGCUAGAAAUCGCUUCUAAGCUAACUGUAAUUCCUUCGCACCAAAGAGAGAAGAUACCUUCAGAGACUGUGAGUAGAGUUACCAGGUGUUUCAGUAGUCAAACUACUAAUGUCUUUUUAGGUAGACACUCUCAUCCCUUACAGGUUACAAGGAGGGUGUUUCUACGAUGAUACUGUGUGUGAUAGCUUUGAGCUUGAUUAUCUCUCAACACAAAAGUUUUGCUUCUUGUGGUCUUGUGUAGGUAGGACUUUUGACUUUUGUAUAUACUGUAUGAGAUUUGAAGGAAGGGAAAAUGGUGCGUUUGAGAAGCAGAACAGUUGGCUUUUCUUCCUACCUGCGUAAGGUCAAGGGCUCUGAGCUACCUAUACUCUGUGCACAGGUAGGCAGUUUAGACUUUAAGAGUCUACUUUUCAGAGUCAGAGCUUGGGAACAGUAGUCUUUGUUCUCCCAAACAUUUUCUAUGAGUAUUGUACUAGAUCAUUUUUUUGCCUUUUGCGAUGAAAUUUGGACCUAGACAGCUCUUGCCGGCUACCUGCCCGCACCCAGCACCUUCAAAUCCUCUUCUUCAUCACCCGAGAAACACCAAACCUCAUCAACACAUGUAAAGGCGCUACAAAAUGUCGUACAAGCGUCAUCGUGUGAACAAGAGGUCAUCUCAAGGAAGCGCCAGCGCCAGCGCAUCCACGCCAUCCUCCCGCUCCCGCUCUCAGCACUCGUCUUCUCAAGCUGGCUCUGCGCGCCGGAGCCUCCCAUCUUCAAGCUCCCCCGCAUUUCAGAGCGUUUCUCGCCAGAGAAUUUCCCUUCCGCCGUCUUCUCGACUGUCUGGUCCGGCUCAUUCGGCUCGAGAUGAAGAUGUCAUUAGAGCCGGUGCCGAAGAGACGGAAUCUGAAGUUCUUCAGCGAGAAGAGGCAGAUUCUAUGAAUGAGAUUAUUAUGGCCAUCGACAUGAGAGGCUAUGGAGGCAAAGGCGUCAUUGGUUGCGCGUACUAUGUUGCUCGCGAUGAAACACUUUAUCUGAUGCAGGAUAUUAAAUCUGCGGAUUUGGACAUCGUUGAUACCCUGAAGCUUCACGUCGAACCAAGCACGGUAGUCAUCAGUACACGUGCGGAUGAAAGACUAGAGCAGCACCUAAGCAAGGAAGCGCGCGGCAUCGAAAGAGGAGAAGAAGCAAGUAAGUUUCCCUUCAUUCCCAAUAUCAAUUUUGGUAACUAAACCUUGUGAAGAUGAUGUGCUGGGUUCCUAUACUCUUGACAUUCGAGCGGCGUCGGAUUUUCGAUAUGAUGCAGCAAAAGAAAAGCUGAUUAACCUAGAGUUUGUUGACGCACCGGAAGUAAUGUUCAGAACGGCAGGGGAUGGUCCUCCGAUUGGGAGUCAUGAUGAAGGAGAGCACUCUGGUAUAGGAAGAGAAGGAAAACUUCUGAGACUCGCAGGGUGGCUUGAUCUCGGAAGUAACACUACCGUAAGUCCUUUCCACAUCUGGUACAUUUCAUCGGUAAUAACCACUUGUGUAGGUUGGUUGUGCUGGGGCAAUCCUUAGCCAUAUAGCUCGACGAAGAAACAUCGAAUUUUUGCCUAACGAUGGAGCUGCUUUGGGCGCAUUUCGGAUUCGUGCCAUUGAAAUGUUUACCCUCGCCGACCAAAUGUUUAUCAACGCGGACACACUGGCUUCACUCCAAAUCAUGCAAUCCGAAAAUCACCCAAACACGCAGAUGCAAGGACCCAACACGUCUGGUUCCAAGGAAAGUCUGUCGUUGUAUGGCUUGUUCUGUCACCUUGCCCGAACACCACAAGGAAAAAGAAAACUUCGACAGCUUUUCUUACGGCCGAGUAUGGACAUCUCAGUGAUCCGAGAACGCUUGGCUACCAUCAGUGUUCUCCUUCGUCCUGAGAAUGCCGAGUUUCUGUCGAAUGUGUACAAGUGUCUAAAAUCCAUUAAGGACAUGCGAACAGUAGCAAUACAUUUGCAUAAAGGCAUCGCUGAUACUUCCAAAGGGAGGAGUAUUUACAGAGGUGCUUGGGCUAGUCUUCAGCAAUUUACUCAUCAUACCUUGACAAUAUUCUCGAAUAUUCGGGCGAUAGUUGAGGGGAACAGAUUGCCCAUUUUUACCAAAGUAAGCUCAAACGCCAAUGUUACAAUUUGGCUCGCUAACGUUUGUUUUUUUAGAUCAUUGAAAAAAUAGAACCUGCGUCCCUUCAACAUGUUCUGCAGACAAUAAGUCAAGUGGUAGACUUCAAAACUUCAGACGAACAACGUCGUACAGCCGUAUUACAAGGUGUGGAUGAAGAGUUGGAUGGUUUGAAAAGAACAUACGAUGGGAUGGGCAGUCUUCUUGAUCAAGCACACAGGCUCCUAUUAGGCGAUCUACCUGAAUGGGCGCUUCAGUAUGUUACAGGUUGCAUAUUCUAUCCACAACUUGGUUUUUUGACCGUUGUUCUUGUUGACCAGCAAACGGGCACGGGCAGAUACGAAGGGGAGGGUACCGAGAACGACGUAUGGGAUAAGAUGUUCGUCUCUGAUGACCUGGGCUACUACAAAAAUCACAAGAUGAGGGAAAUGGAUCGUCAUUUUGGGGAUAUGUAUGCCUUGAUAUGUGGUUUGUCUCGCCAGUCAAUCAUAAAACGUUACCUUUGCUAAUUCGGUUCAAGACAAGGAAAUUGACAUUCUUCAUAAGUUGGCAGUCAAGAUUCUAGAGGACGAGAACGUACUCGUGACUGCUUCGGACCUUAUGGGAGAACUUGACUGUCUUGUGGCUUUAGCCUUGGGAGCCCGAAACCACAAUCUAAGUCCCCCUACAAUGACCAAAUCCAAUGUCAUUGAGAUAACCCGAGGUCGACACCCUUUGCAAGAGCUUACAGUUUCUUAUAUUCCCAACGAUUGUUCAAUCCGGGGUGGCCCGGGAGAUGUGGAUUCCGGGUAUGAAAACGAAGAUCCUUCGACGGGAGGGUCAUCUGAUCUGCAACAAAGUGUCGAGGAAUCAAGUAUGCUCGUCAUGACUGGGCCAAACUACUCUGGAAAAUCGGUUUAUCUCAAGCAAGUUGCAGUAAUUGUGUAUAUGGCGCAUAUCGGUAGCUUUGUGCCUGCAGAAAAGGCAACAAUUGGAUUGACGGAUAAAAUUCUGACCAGGAUUGCUACCCGAGAGAGCGUAUCAAGAGACCAGAGCGCAUUCAUGAUUGACCUACAACAAACCGCCCUCUCCAUUAAAAUGGCCACUCAUCGGAGUCUUGUUGUUAUCGAUGAGUUUGGCAAAGGCACGAAUGCUAGUGAUGGUGCUGGACUAGCCUGUGGAGUUCUGGAGUACCUUGCCAACCUUGGUGACCAUCGCCCAAAAGUACUAGCAGCUACCCAUUUCCAUGAAAUUUUCACAAAUGGGUUUCUCACAGAUAGGCCUGAACUGAAGUUUGGCCGUAUGGAGGUUCGAGUAGAUGCAGAUGCUUCAACGGAAGAGCAGAUUACGUAUCUCUACCAGUUUGUCGCAGAACGAAGCACAUCAAGCUUCGGGACAGUCUGCGCUAUGAUGAACGGCAUAGACAAGGCGGUCGUUGAGAGAGCAGACGAACUUAUUCUGCUUACCGCUCGCGGCGAGGAUCUGAUUGCUGCUUGCACCAAGAUACCGGUUGAUGAGGCUCAAGAAUUGGAAGACGCAGAGCAAAUCGGAAGACAGUUCUUAGAGCAGGACUUUCCCCGUGAAGGUGGCCGGGACGAAUCCAGAUUCGACGUCAGAAGUGUCCUCCAAAACAUACUUCAUAUCAAUCAGUCAUGCCAGAAUGUUUGAUAGCGUCUCAAAUGGCAUGAUUGUGGGUCCCUCGAACAACUCAAAAUAAUUGAUCGUCGCUUAAUGUCUACAGUAGCAAGACCUACCUGCGAAAAUUUUCCGCUUUCGGCUAUUUUCGGCGGAUUACUAGGUAAAAUGAAACAAAAAGAUCAUGAUUGGUUGUUUCUGCGACAGUAGAGUGUUUACAAAAUGUGGAAAAGUGGCAGCUAGGAUGAACAUUAUCUUUGCCAACCAGAAAUGCAUUUAUUCUCGCCCAAUCUAUUCGAGUAUAAGUCUUCCGCGUCUGCUUCGCCUCGUUACUGCACUUUGUAUAUACGAGAAUUCUAUUUGCAUUAUUUGCAUUAUUCGCUCGCAUGAGAGUUUCCUCGAUAACCACAUCCUCUAUGUAUAUUUGGUUGCACAUGAUCGAACAUAGUAGCCACGUUUGAGGCUCUUUCAAACUACGUCAUUCGUCUACUAUAUUUCAUUCU